UCAAUUUCUCAGAUUAUGCAGUUGAGAUAACUUAAUUGAAGUCGCAGAUAAUUAAAUAGCAUGUUAUGUAUAUCCAAGCUCUGCAUAGUUACUGUAACCUAUUUUAACAGAAUUUUCCCCUUCCUUCUACCAUCCAGGGUAGAUCACCUGUAUGCAUUCUUUGUUCAGUGGUCACCAGAAGUAUAUGGGAAAGAUGCCAAAGACCAGGGAUUUGUGGUGGUAGAGAAGGAUGAGCUGGAAAUGAUUGACAAUUUCUUCGGUGACCCAAUUCCUAAAAGUUGGGAGAUCAUCACCAUUGAGGAAGCAAAACGACGCCAGAGUGUUGGGAGUUUUUACGAAGAAGAGGCAGAAGAUCUGCAGCCUGUUCUUACAGACCCUAGUGAACUGUUGGAGAGUUUUCACGUUGAACAGCUAUCACAACACCUUCCUGCAAGAACACAGGGCUAUGCCUGGCGACUUACAUACAGUACAGCAGUUCACGGAACAAGCUUAAGGACACUUUACCGGAGUUUGGCUGUUAUUGAUACUCCUGUCCUCCUUGUUGUCAAAGAUAUGGAUAACCAGAUAUUUGGAGCAUUGGCAUCACACCCUUUCAGAUUAAGUGACCACUGUUUUGGUACAGGAGAAACCUUUCUCUACACAUUCAAUCCACAGUUGAAGAUAUUCAGAUGGAGUGGAGAAAACUCUUACUUCAUUAAAGGAGACCGAGAUUCUUUAGAACUAGGUGGAGGCAGUGGCCAUUUUGGCUUAUGGCUUGAUGCAGAUUUAUAUCACGGACGAAGCAACCCAUGUAGUACAUUUAACAAUGAAACACUGUCAAAAAAAGAAGACUUCAUUGUGCAAGAUUUGGAAGUGUGGACAUUUGUAUAAAUUUGCUAACUUUUUACCUGUGCCACCUUAAUUCUGCUGUUCAGCUCAUUGGAUGGUAUGAUUCCACUGCUAGCUGCCUUAUAUUGUGUCCAGUGCUCUCAACAUACUGUAAAGGAGCAUGUAUCUGAAUGCUUAAGCUACAAUUUAAAGCGGAACUAUAAAGGAGAUUACAGGCCACAGCUUUCGAGCAAGUUGAUGUUUGCACUGCAAUGUGUUUGGGACUCUUACAUCUGCAUUCCAUCAUGUGCUAAAAGAAGACAGUUAAUACUAUGGAGUUGUCUGAUGGUUUUUCAGUGUGAAAGAGGAACAAAAGAAGACUUUCCUUCCAAAUGCUGUGCGCUAGCCAAAGAGUGGCUGGCUGUAAAGUCCUAGUACGACCAAAGCCAUGGUGCAAGAUGGUGCUUUUCAAUUUAAGGGAAUAGUUAAUACAAAGCAGUUUAUGACUGCAUAACGGAUGUUGAAGGCACAUCUUUCAGUACUAGUAUAUUAGUUUAGUCUUUUUAAUUGUUUAAUGUCAUUACUUAAAGUCCUAACUGGAAUGUUUAAUAUUCUCUAGAAAUGCUUGUUUGUUUUCCAGCAAAUGGAAGUGAAUAUGUCGAAAAAGUGAUAAUCCUGGGACAGAGAGAAAAUAUUGUAAUUAUUGCCAGGAUCAUUCAUAUAUUAUCAUACAGUACUUUAAUUUAAUGUAACUUUUAUAUUUGUUUUUGGUUACAUUAAAUGUUUUAUACCCUGUACUUAGGGUUGGUUUUAUAUCGGUGCAGGCACUGAACGCCAUGUUUCAAAUAUUUGUUUACAGUUAGAAAAAUGAUUAUGUAAAAUAGUUGUUUCUUGUGUAUGUACUUUUGCAUUUGUUUAAACAUUCCAGUGUCUUAAGGGUAUAAAGGGAACUGGUAAGCGCACACAAGGAAUAUCAUAGCACUUUGAAAGAAAUGGCAGGAGCUUUUGGCACCAUAUACAGCUUGAAUUGUAAAUAAUCAAGACUAUACAUACAUUAUUUUCCCUUCAUUUUAGUCAAUUAAAGUGCAUUUUGUGCAACAAAGUAUGGUGCAAAAAAAUUUUGAUUUCUGGAUCAUUUUGUUAUUAAGUCGUUGAACAGAUUGUAAAGAAACGUCAUCAAACUUUUCAAGAUGCUUAGAAUAUUUCAAAUGCAUGUUUGUAGGGUUUUUCCUUCUGGAUCAGAUAUUGAAACAUUAAUAUUAAAAUGCUGUUUCCAUAACGUGCCAUUUCUACUUCUGAUCAAUAAAAAUUCUGGAACAAGAACUAAAGAAACAUUUCAAUAUUAGUUAAAGUCCUAGGUUUUUAGCAAUUGUUUUCACAUACUUGGCUGUUGUGAAGGUCUUUACGAAUAUCUGAAUAGAGCACUAAAUGUUUCACCAGUUUGUUUUUUUUUAAAGUUUAGCAUUUGAUAUGUUAAACAAUAGCUUACAAAUCAUAUAUUUAAUACACUAUACCUAGUAUUAUGAAAACAAUCAAAUUGUAUCUGAAUUCUGUACCUGUGAAUGUCAUUAUUAAGAAUGUGUACUGUAACGGUGUUGCAGUAAACCCAAUAAAUCUAUGUACUUGA